AUGCUGGAAAACAAGUCGCUCAGCUUGCCAGACGAGCCUCAUUUUCGGCAGCUGAUCCAAAAUCACGACACAAUCCGCCAUGUCAUCUUUCGUGAUCUCGCCUGCCAGGCCGAUGCCGACUAUGCCCAAUUACUCUUCGAUAUCGCGCAUUUGAGGCGGCGUAUUGUCGACAAUUUGCCCGCCUCUGCUCUUGAUGGAAAGGGCCGUAUCAGAGAAGAGAGACCCUACAUAUGCACCUUGGCACCGGCCGGGUACGAAUUCCUUGUGGCUGCACUUGCCGUGCUUUCAAUCGGCGCCGCCAUAGUUCCCUUGGCGCCCGAAGUACUGCCAGUCGAGGCGCUGUACUUCCUCAAACAGUGUCGAGCCGAUCUACUACUCACAAGCUCCCGCUGUUCACCGCUGGGUGACAGCAUAGAGCAGUACGUCCGCUCUCACGGCCAGACAACAACCUUUCUGCCCAUCAAACCAAGCGUCAUGGCCCGCGGCCAGCAACAACCCGUAGCCGUCGACCCCGAGAUGACCAUCCCAGCCGACCGCCCAAGCCUGAUCCUCUUCACAUCCGGCAGCACCGGCCCGCCCAAAGGCGUCGUCCACAACCGCCGCUUCUUCCACUCCGGCUACGGCACCUCCUCCUCCCCUUCCUCCCCCGACCUCUUCCUCACCCACCGCCCCGUGCACUGGAUCGGCGGCCUCCGCUCCAUCAUCAACCUCGCCAUCAGCGGCACGCCGCAAGAAGUCGUCGCCGAGCCGACCGCACCCGCAAUCUGGCACCGCCUCCGCGACGGCGACGGCGACGUCACCAUGCUCUGCUGCGUCAUCCCCAUGUGGAUCCGCCUGAUGGAGCACUUCCGGCACGCGCUGAGCCGUCUACCCGCCCCGGAGCUCGAGCCGUAUCUGCGCGGCGCGCGGGCGCUGCGCGUGGCGCGCGUGGGCGGCGCGGCGCCGCAGCCGUCGCUGCUGCGGUUCUGGCGCGAGGAGCUGGGCGUGCCGUUGGAGGUGACGUAUGGGUGCACGGAGACGGGCGGGCCGGGCUUGAUGACGGAUGAGCGGACGGAUAGGGAUCGCGAGUGCAACCUGGGCAGGCCGGAGGAGGGCGUCGAGGUCCGUCUGUCGGAGGGUGACCGCGGCGAGAUCUUGAUCAGGAACUCUAGGCAGUUUUCACAGAAAAGCUACCUCAACGACGACGAGGCCACGCGGAAUGCGCUUACCGAGGACGGUUUUUUCAAGACAGGUGACUACGGCCGUCGUGUUGGUGACGAGUAUACGAUCGAGGGCCGACAAGCAACUGACUUUGUGCGUUUUCACGGCUUCAAAGUCCCCGUUGUGGAAGUGGAGAUGCGUUUGCUGGAGCUGCCCUUCAUCUCCCAAGCCUGCAUCGUUUCGGUCCCCGACGGCGAUGCGUCUACACGCGUGGCAGCCCUCGUGCGCUUCAACGGGGACGGCCUCUCCCAGGGACUUGCGGAACUCCGCGAGGAACUCUCAGCUACGCUCGCACAGUACAAACUGCCGACAGCACUGCGGGUUCUCCAGCCCAGCGAGAAAUUUCCCGUAACCUUUACCGGCAAAGUCUUGAGGAAGAAGGUUGUAGAGCAGUACUUUCCAACAAUGGGUACUUACGAGCUUCCACGUGAUGUUGAGCUGUGGGACCUUCGGUCGAAGGGUCAGCAGGGUGCGCCACACAAGGCGUGGGAUUGGGCGGGGCUGCAAGGAUGUUGA